CUCACCAUCUCUCUCGUGCUCUCUCUCUUGCGCAUCUCUCCCAUAAUUCCGCAUAUAUAGUGGGCGCACACAUUCUAUAUAAAUCCUAAUAUCUUCUCCAACACAUUCCCCUCCUCUUCCCAAACCAAACCCCAAAAUGUCAACACCACCACCACCUCUUCUUCCGUUCAUCAACCCAAAUCAACAAAUAAACCUCCUCUCAACCACCAAUCCACCGCCAUACUCAUCACCACUCUCAUCAUCCUCAACUUCAACGUCGAUUAUCAUCGUUAUUAUUAUCAUCGCCUCCGCCAUCAUCAUCUCCGCCUCUCUCUACCUCCUCCUCCGCUUCCUCUCUCGUCGCUUCCACUCCACCGCCACUCCUCCUCCCAUCUUCCACCGCCCGAACCCUAGCUUCCGCACGCCGAAAACACACGCAACCUCCUCUCUCCCCCUCUUCACUUUCAACUCGCUUCCCGCCAAAAUAUCCGGCGGAGAUUGCGCGGUUUGUUUAUCGAAGUUCGAGCCUAACGAUCAGCUGCGGUUGCUUCCGCUCUGCUGCCACGCAUUUCAUGCGGAGUGUAUUGACACGUGGCUCGUCUCCAAUCUGACGUGUCCGUUGUGCAGGUCCACUGUUCAUCCUUCUCAGAGCGACGCACUCGAUAAAAUCCUUCCUGACCGAACAAACCGGAGCAACAGCUUUCGCGUUGAGAUCGGAAGCGUCAGUCGGCGGAGAAGCGACGAUGAAGUCUCCGGCGAUGCGGUGCGGUCGUAUACGAUCGGCUCGUUUGAGUAUGUUGUUGAUGAGGAGUUUGAGGUUCCGAUUGGAGACGCGCGGACUCACCGGAGAGACGUCUCUGACAAGGACUUUACCGGAAUUGAGGUUACAGUUCCGGUGGCGCCAGGAGAUGAAGUCGCGACAGAGGUCGCCGGAGAGAGAGGAAGCUGGCUCAGAGAUUACGUCGACAGAAUUGCGUCGGUGUCGUCGCGAUCGUUUCGGAGCUCCGGCAGGUUUUUUGGUGGGAGUAGUCGCCGGAGUAACGCCGUUGUGGUUGAUGAUUUAGAGGCGAAUAAUAGAUUUGGAGAAGAGAUUAGUGAGUUGUUUCAGUGGCUGUCGAGGGUAUGAUUUUGUAAAUUUCAUUAAGAGUUAGGGGUAAUUUGGUCAUUGGUGAUUACGAAAUCGCAGUACAGUGAGUGGAAAUAGUAAGAUUUGUAGUGCAUAUAUACUUUCUAUUUGAAAUUAA